AUGGUCCAUCAUGUCAAACCAUUUUGGCUUCAUCUUUGUUAUUUUCUUUUCCUUUCGUCGGCCGGUUACUUGUCUCUGAAGGUCUCAAAGACAAGGACCAACAACAAUCUCAUCAACAACCUUGACCUAUUUUUCACCGCAGUUUCAUCAGCAACAACUUCAAGUAUGUCAAUUGUUGAAAUGGAGGUAUUUUCUAAUGACCAACUCAUCAUCAUAAUCAUUCUAAUGCUCCUAGGAGGUGAAGUCUUCAUCUCCAUGCUCGGUCUCCAACUUCGAAAGUGCACAAUCAACGACCUUUCGAAUAAUAGUAACAAUGAUGAUGAGAAUUAUUCAAAGCAUUACAAUAACUCUAUAAGAAUUUUAGGGUAUAUAGUCCUUGGAUACCUCAUUAUUGUACAAUUAGUUGGAUCAAACUUAGUUACCAUGUACAUGAGCCUAACUCCUAGUGCAACUAAUGUGCUUAAGAGCAAAGGACUUCACCUACAUACUUUCUCCUUCAUCGUAAUUUCGACUUUUUCUAGUUGUGGUUUUACCCCUACAAAUGAGAGCUUAAUGAUCUUCAGAAAGAACAAUCCUGCCCUCCUUUUGAUUUUAAUCCCUCAAAUAUUUCUAGGAAACACAUUGUAUCCCCUAUUUUUAAGGUUGGUGAUAUGGGUUUUAGAGAGGUUUACUAAGAAAAAAGAGUUUGAUUAUAUGCUAAACAAUUGUGAAGAGUUGAAAUUUGUUCAUUUGUUGUCUAGUAAAAAAACAUGGUUUCUUAGUGCCACAACCCUUGCGUUUUUGGUAUUACAACUUGUGGUUUUUUGUUGUAUGGAAUGGAACUCCGGAGUUAUGGAGGACAUGAACUCAUAUCAGAAGUUUGUAGGAUCUUUAUUUCAAACCUCGAAUACAAGAUAUAGUGGGGAAGCCAUUGUUGAUUUCUCUUUACUUUCUCCUGCGGUCUUGGUUUUAUUCACCAUUAUGAUGUAUCUUCCACCAUACACUUCAUUUCUUCCAAUCGGCCAAGAUGAGCAACAACAAGCACCAGAAAAAGAUAGAAGAAUGAAAAAACUGAAGAAAAAUAUGAUAGAUAAUUUGUUGUUCUCGCAACUAUCUUACUUGGUCAUCUUCGUCGUUGUUAUAUGCAUCACUGAAAGGAAGAGUUUGGAGGAAGACCCUCUCAACUACAACGUUGUAAACAUUGUCUUUGAAGUCAUAAGUGCCUACGGAAACGUAGGAUUGUCGACGGGCUAUAGUUGUAAGCGACGGUUAAAGACAUACGAUAGUUGCGAGGAAAAAGUGUAUGGAUUUUCUGGUCGAUGGAGUGAUGGGGGGAAAGUUGCUCUUAUUUUAGUCAUGUUUUUCGGAAGACUCAAGAAUUUUAGCAUGCAUGGUGGAAAAGCUUGGAAAAUGCUUUGAAUUCCAUAUGUCAAUGGUGAGCUCUAGAGACUUGGAGUAUAUAAGAUCUUAACCUUUUGGCUGAUUGUGAUCAAUGAGUUUGUUUCUUGUAAAACUUUA